AUGAACAUGGCUAUGACAAGAGUAGCCAAGAUCUUUCUCGGCUUGGCGAUCUACUGCGCUAUCGAUCCUUUCAAUCACAGCUCUAUUUCCAAGUUCCCCGACUUUGAAACUUACAAGAUUGACAUGCCUCCUUUAUCCUCGCUUCCCAAGGAGAGAGACCGUCUCAAUCUGUUGCAGAAUUCGCAGAUCAGGUUUCUCAACGAGGUUCAAGGUCCCGAGAGUAUCGCUUUCGAUCCGCUAGGUCGUGGUCCUUACACCGGUGUCGCCGACGGUCGGAUUCUCUUUUGGAAUGGCUCUCGUUGGACCGAUUUCGCCUUUACUUCGAUCAAUCGGUCAAAAGAACUAUGUGAUCCAAAGCCGUCACUUUUGGAUUACUUGAAGGAUGAACAUAUCUGUGGUAGACCUUUAGGGCUUCGAUUCGAUAAGAAAACUGGGGAUUUGUACAUUGCAGAUGCGUAUUUGGGGAUAAUGAAGGUUGGUCCUGAAGGAGGUUUUGCAACUUCUCUUACAACCGAGGCUGAUGGUGUGCCUUUGAGAUUUACCAAUGAUCUUGACAUUGACGAGGAAGGCAAUGUUUACUUUACUGAUAGCAGCUCUGUUUUCCAACGGAGGAAAUUCAUGCUUUUGAUUGUCUCGGGGGAAGACACCGGGAGGGUGUUGAAAUACAAUCCAAAAACAAAGGAGACUACCACUCUCGUGAGAAAUCUCCAGUUUCCUAAUGGUCUAUCCCUUGGCAAAGACGGCUCCUUUUUCAUCUGUUGUGAAGGAUCAAUUGGAAGAUUACGGAAAUACUGGUUAAAAGGGGAAAAAGCUGGAACCUCAGAGGUGGUAGCUCUAUUACAUGGGUUCCCAGACAACAUCCGGACAAACAAAGAUGGGGAUUUCUGGGUGGCUGUGCACGGCCACCGCAACAUAUUCACACAUGUAAUGGCUCAUUACCCGAGGGUGAGGAAGUUCUUUCUGAAGCUGCCGAUAUCAGUGAAGUUCCAGUACUUGCUGCAGGUAGGUGGUUGGCCUCAUGGUGUGGUUGUGAAGUACAGUGAAGAAGGGAAAGUGUUGAAGGUGUUGGAAGAUAGUCAAGGGAAAGUGGUGAAGGCAGUAAGUGAAGUGGAGGAGAAAGAUGGGAAGCUUUGGAUGGGAAGUGUAUUGAUGUCUUUCAUUGCUGUAUAUGACUUGCCUUAGUUUCUUCUUUCUUUUCUUUUUUUUCUAAAAAUCAAACUUAGUGAAGUUGUAAAUUUCUAGUUGGCGGCAAGGGAUUGCAAUCAAUUAAUAUGUCUUUAUCAAACAACUCUGUCUUUGAUGCAUUCAAUCAAAACAACAUUAAAUACAAAAUGGUA